UGGGAACUUGAAGGGAGUGGAAAAGACGCAAGAAGCCGGAGGGAGAGGUGUGGGAAAAGCGAAAACAGGCUGCCAAACCAGAGGACUCCUUCCAAUUUAAAAAGGAAGUCAGCUGACGUUAGUUAGUUAAAUUUAACAUCCUUUUAUGUGUAACAUUUGACUUCGGAAAGAAAAAUGAACUUUGCGGAGGAAGAGGGCUCUAAGAGAUACUGCAUUCAAACCAAACAUGUGGCCAUUAUCUGUGCAGUGGUGGUGGGCGUAGGAUUAAUAGUAGGACUUUCCGUGGGCUUGACCAGAUCGUGUGAUUCCACCGACGACACCGGGCAGGGCACAGCUCCUGCUCCAUCCUACGUUCCUCCCCCAGCUGGCCCUUCAGACCUUCCUCCCCAGGACCAGGACGUCUGUCCUGCCAGUGAAGAUGAAAGUGGAGACUGGAAACAUUUCAGACUGCCGGACACCAUCAACCCCGUACACUACGACCUGGAGGUGAAGCCCGUGCUGGAUGAGGACACAUAUACCGGCAGAGUGAACAUCUCCAUCAACGUGAGCGUGUCCACGCGUCACCUGUGGCUGCACCUGCGGGAGACCUGGAUCACCCGGCUCCCGGAGCUCAGGAAGCCCUCGGGGGAGCAGGUGCAGAUCAGGAGGUGCUUCGAGUACAAAAAGCAAGAGUAUGUGGUGGUGGAGGCCGAGGAAGGCCUGGCCCCCGUCGUCGGUGACAGUGGUCUCUACCUCCUGACCUUGGAGUUCGCUGGCUGGCUGAACGGCUCCCUGGUGGGAUUUUACAAAACCACUUACACAGAGAACGGGCAAGUCAAGAGCAUAGCGGCCACUGACCAUGAACCAACAGAUGCCAGGAAAUCCUUCCCAUGUUUUGAUGAGCCCAACAAAAAAGCAACUUACACCAUAUCCAUCAUCCACCUCAAAGAAUAUGGUGCACUUUCAAAUAUGCCUGUGGAGAAAGAAGAGUCAGUAGAUGAUAAAUGGAUGCGAACAACUUUUCAGAAGUCUGUCCCCAUGAGCACUUACCUGGUGUGCUUUGCUGUACAUCAAUUUACCUCCAUAACGAAAAUGUCAAACAGUGGAAAACCGCUCACUGUUUACGUCCAGCCAGAGCAAAAGCACACAGCUGACUAUGCUGCGAACAUAACUAAAGUUGUAUUUGAUUAUUUUGAAGAAUACUUUGGUAUCAAUUAUUCUCUUCCUAAAUUAGAUAAAAUUGCUAUUCCAGAUUUUGGCACUGGUGCCAUGGAGAACUGGGGACUUGUCACUUACAGAGAAACAAACCUGCUUUACGACCCCGAGGAAUCAGCCUCAUCCAACCAACAAAGGGUGGCCACUGUGAUUGCCCAUGAACUUGUACAUCAGUGGUUUGGAAAUAUUGUGACCAUGGACUGGUGGGAAGACUUGUGGCUAAAUGAAGGAUUUGCUUCUUUCUUUGAAUUCCUGGGAGUAGACUAUGCAGAAAAAGAGUGGCAAAUGCAUGACCAGAUAUUACUUGAAGAUGUAUUGCCUGUACAAGAGGAUGAUUCUUUAAUGUCUUCACAUCCAAUAGUUGUCACUGUGACAACCCCUGAUGAAAUAACGUCUGUUUUUGAUGGAAUAUCCUAUAGCAAGGGAGCUUCUAUUCUUAGAAUGCUUGAAGACUGGAUAACACCAGAGAAAUUUCGAAGAGGAUGUCAGAUUUACUUGGACAGAUUCCAAUUCAAGAAUGCAAAAACUUCAGAUUUUUGGGAAGCGCUGGAAGAGGCAAGUGAUAAACCAGUGGCAGAAGUAAUGGACACCUGGACCAGACAGAUGGGUUAUCCUGUGGUUAGUGUGAAUAAAACAAGUAUCACACAGAAGCGUUUUCUGUUGGACUCAAAAGCUGAUCCUUCCCAACCACCUUCAGAUCUUGGCUACACAUGGAAUAUUCCAAUUAGAUGGAUGGAAAAUGAUGUGUCAAAUAUUGACAUCUACAAUAGGUCAGAAAAAGGAGGAAUAACUUUGAACCCUUCUGAUCCUAGUGGAAAUACUUUUCUCAAAAUAAAUCCAGAUCAUAUUGGGUUUUAUCGUGUAAAUUAUGAAGAACAAACUUGGAAGCUGAUUGCUACUGAUCUUCUCUCAAACCACAGGAAAUUUUCUUCUGCUGACCGUGCAAGUUUCAUUGAUGAUGCUUUUGCCUUGGCAAGAGCUCAACUGCUGGAUUAUAAGGUGGCUCUGAACUUGACCCAGUAUCUCAGAAUGGAAGAGGAUUUUUUACCAUGGCAGAGAGCCAUUUCAGCUGUAACUUACAUCAUUAGCAUGUUUGAAGAUGAUAAAGAGCUAUACCCCAUGAUUGAGAAAUAUUUCCAAGAUCAAGUGAAGCCCAUUCAUGACUUGCUCGGAUGGCAUGAUACUGGUGACCACCUCACAAAGUUACUCCGUGCCUCUGUGUUAGGGUUUGCCUGCAAGAUGGGAGAUGGAGAAGCCUUGAGCAACGCUUCUGAGUUAUUUAAAGACUGGCUAAGAACAGACAAGAGUAUUCCUGUAAAUCUCCGACUUUUGGGUUAUCAGUAUGGAAUGCAGAACUCUGGAGAUGAAAUUUCAUGGAACCAUACUCUAGAGCAAUAUGAGAAAACUACAUUAGCUCAAGAAAAAGAAAAACUGCUCUAUGGAUUAGCAUCAGUGAACAAUGUUACUCUUUUGGCAAGGUAUUUGGAUAUGCUCAAGGACUCAAAUCUUAUUAAAACUCAGGAUGUGUUUACAGUCAUUCGAUAUAUCUCCUAUAACAGCUAUGGGAAGACCAUGGCAUGGAACUGGAUACAGCUCAACUGGGAAUACCUAGUAAACAGAUUUACACUCAAUAACAGAAACCUUGGCCGGAUUGUCACUAUAGCAGAGCCAUUCAACACUGAACUACAACUCUGGCAGAUACAGAGCUUUUUUGAAAAAUAUCCAGAAGCUGGAGCCGGAGAACAACCUAGGGAACAAGUGGUAGAAACAGUGAAAAACAAUAUUGAGUGGCUAAAACAAAAUAGAGAGACCAUAAGAGAAUGGUUUUCAGACAUACUGAAGAACAGUUAAUAUGUUCAAAUGUCAUAUUUUAAUUUUGUGAAGUUGUUGUUUUUCCUAUUAAGCAUUUGAUGGCCUAAUUUACAAGCACUAAGGAGCAAGCCUUAUGAAUGGAUACUGCUUUUGCUAAGUACUGUGUUGAUGUCUUGCAAAGCUUUUAAAUUGUUCCUCUUUGUUUAUGAAGGAAGAUACUAAUAGAGUAUUUAAUAUACUCAGGGAUUUCUUCUAAGUGUACUUCGUAGGAGAUUCUUUACAAACUGAAGAGAAUUUAAUAGUCAUUUUAAUGUCUUUAAAUAUCAUUCUUUGUAUCUUAAAUCUGUGAAAAUAGAACAAUUUGGUCUUAGCUUUACAUUUUUAGUACCAAAGAAACACCACUUAAUCUUCUCUCUUGAUUGAUUUUUAAAGUUUAAAUACCAGUACUUGAGGGACAUAUUACCAUCUUAAUCUUUAUUUUAUUAUUCAGAGUUACACAGACCUAAUAUCAUUUUAUUCACAUAUGUCUUACUACUUUAAAUCCUACCAAAGAAACCUGGGCUUAAGUUUUGCUCGAGGAUUGCAUGAAUUAGCCAAAAAAUGGCUGAUUGUUGGGGUUGCUGUUAUAAAAUCAACAAGAGAACUCUUCUUUCUUUUAAAAAUAAAUCUAAAUUAUUACCUUGAAAAGAAUCUUGUUUUCCGAUGUCACUUUACUCUUGAGUAAACAUGUCAGCAUUAUUCCCCAAAUAAUUUUGCAAGUUGCAAAGUUGAUUCAGGAACUUGGCCUUUUUCAUGCUUGGUGCUCUCUCUUCUUUCUCCAUUCCUUACAAAGCUCCUUCAAAUAUGCUAUGAAAUUAGAGGGAACAGAGUGCUUAACUGUGCUCCAUGGAUUUUAGAGGGAGAAAGCUAAAUAAUUGGAAACUGUUCAAGAAAGAGAGAAGGUGGAUUAUUCCAUAAAACUAAAUGGAAUUAGAAUUUAGCUUUGACCUCACCUAGCAAUCUAAGUGUGAAAAUGGGGAAACACAUGGACAUCUCCAACAUGACUCUGCAUAUCUGAGGAUAUAUCUUCUUAUAGUUAUGUUUUAUAUAUAAACCCUUAGAUCCUAUUCCAUACAGAAUAGCACUGAUCAAAUUUAUAUGCAUGACUUGAUUAAAGACAUCAAUUUCAUAGAAGCUGGUGGCUGGAAUAUGUUUAAUGUGGCACUUGAUGCCUAGUAGAUCCACAAUGUAAGUCCAACAGGCAUUUAUCUUUUGAUAAAUGUCUAUGUGCCAAAGUGCUAUAUUGAGAAAAUCUAAAUUUAUCUGUAAACUUUGAAAGUAUAGGGCAAUUUAGAAAUGGCUUGAUAAAAAUUGAAGUAUAGGGAUAUAGUCAAAAUCUUAGCAAUUACUUUAUUUACACAACAAUGUGCCCUAAUCAUGUAUUCCAAAGUGUGUGAAUUUUGCUACCACUGUUUCUUAUCACUUCUCAAUUCAUACAGCUAAAUGAGCAAAUUUAAAUGCAGACUGAGGAUAAAAAAAUACAAAAUAAAACAUUUCCAGACAAAAUUUUUAAAUAUAUUUAUUGUAAAUUAGUUCAGAAUCAAAAACACAUAAACCUUAUAAAUCAUCAAGAAAACCCCAUUAGCCUCAUGGGGAUUAACAUCCUAACUUCAAAUUCUGAUCCCAGUCAGAGCCAGCACUUGAAGUCUAUGUAUUGUUUCAAGGGACAAAUAAAGAAGUAAGAUGGUUUAUUCUUCUGCUCUGUGAAAUAAACAUUUUAAAUGAAAAUAUAAGUUUGAAGAAGAUGGCAAAUAAGACAGUAUCUAACUUGUCAGAUAAAUAUGUAUACAUGUAUAAAUGGAAAUUCAUUUAACUUAUGUAUAAAAAAGGAGAUAUAUAAAAAGGAGAUUUAUUAUGAGGAAUUGGUUCAUGUGAUCAUGGAGACUGAUCAGUUACCAUCUGCCAUCUGCAAGAUCUGGGAAAGUCAGUGGUAUAAUUCAGCUUGACUCUGAAGUUCUCAGAGCCAAAAGAGCUAAUGAUAUAAAGCCAAGUUCAAGGGCAGAAAACGAUGAGAUGAGAUGUCUCAGGUCAAUCAGUUAGGUAGAAAAGCAGGGUUAGAAAAUUCCUUUUCUUCCACCUUUUGUUCUAUUUAGGCUCCCAAGGCAUUAGAUAUUGCCACCACAUUGGAGAGGGCAAUAUACUUACCAAGUAAGUGAUUCAAAUCUAACUUCUUCUAGAAACUUCCUCACAGACACACCCAGAAAUGAAACUUAAUCUGGGUACCCUGAAAUCCAGUCAAGUUGGCACAUAAAAUUAACCAUCACAAUUGAAUAAGGUCCUCAUUCAUUCAUUCGCUCAUUCACAUAACUAAUACAUGAGUUUCAGUUAUAUAAUAAACCCCAUUUUAUGUUCUCAUCAUCUCAGUUUAGUAAUGGAUUUAAAAGACAAGUGGGGAAAAGAGCGAGUUGAGAGGACAAUGGAGGAGGAUAGGAGAAAUGAGGCAGAGAAUGUCAACUAACCAGCAAUCCAUGUUCUACCCUGAUACCCCACUGGAGAGUCCUUAAAUGUUAAUAUGGCCACAGAUAUAUGUCAAAUGUUGUGACCUACAGCAAUUUAGACUAUAUGAUUUAAAGGUGUGCUAGAUACUGCCCACUGGCACUGGACCACCAUUUGUACACCCCAUUUGUCCCAGCCUUCUGUAUUGCAGGGCUGAAAACACAGUACUCCCCACACUUCACAUGUUUGAGGUCCCACCAAUGAUGUUAACUUUUAUGAGAUUUGGAAGGAAAUGAGAGAAGAGGCAGAAUCCAACCUUCUUUCCAUGACAGUGCAGGAGAAGACGGUUUUGUGGGAAGACAUGAGUUGGCAGCCUUUGCACUCCAGGCCCCUAUUUACCAUCCCUGUGUAGCAUGAUGUGUUAUAGCUUUCUCAUUUCUGGGUGUCAUUAGCAGUUUUCAAUUUUUGGAUCAGAAAGACAUGGAUGUAUCUAUCACCUUGAAACCAGCAGCUUGGCAUUGACACUCUUAUUUCUAUUCUUCAAGCCCUUUUAAUAGCACAUAAGUUUCGAACUCCCUCAAGAAAAUCCUUCUCUAUUUGGAGAAUAUACCUAGAAUAUUUCUUGAAAUGAUGCCUGAAUGAUACACAAUGAAAAUGCAGAUUUUAUUUAAUUUUGCAUUUUCAUUUAACUCAAUGAUCCUUUCUUGCCUAUUGUCCCUAGUAUGUAAAAAAAAAAAAAAAAAAAAAAAAAAAAAUGCUGGCCAGGCAUGGUGGU